AUGGGACAACAAUCGUUGAUCUACAGCUUCGUCGCUCGCGGUACGGUGAUCCUCGCCGAGUAUACAGAGUUUAAAGGUAAUUUCACAUCCGUCGCUGCACAGUGUCUCCAGAAACUACCCUCCUCAAACAACAAGUUUACAUACAAUUGCGAUGGUCACACUUUCAAUUAUCUCGCCGAGAAUGGAUUCAGUAAGUUUCUCUCAUUCCCGAUCAGAUCACGUUCUCGUAAUCAUGUUCUGUGUUUCGAUCAGAUUAUGCGUGGCUUAUUUGAAAUUCAACCCCUUGAUGUUUGGUUUGUGAUACCAAUGGCUUUCUUGGAGCGAGUCAAGGAGGAUUUCAGCAAGAGAUAUGGUGGUGGAAAGGCUUCCACUGCUAAAGCUAAUAGCUUGAACAGAGAAUUUGGGUCUAAACUGAAGGAGCACAUGCAAUACUGUGUGGAUCAUCCUGAGGAAAUUAGCAAACUUGCCAAAGUUAAGGCUCAAGUGACUGAAGUGAAAGGUGUUAUGAUGGAGAACAUUGAGAAGGUCCUUGACCGUGGUGAGAAAAUCGAGCUAUUAGUAGACAAAACUGAAAACCUUCGCUCACAGGCGCAAGAUUUUAGAACACAAGGAACAAAAUUGAAAAGAAAAAUGUGGUUCGACAACAUGAAGAUAAAGCUUGUAGUUUUUGGCAUCGUCGUCGCUUUGAUUCUCAUCAUCAUCUUGUCGGUUUGCCAUGGCUUCAAGUGUACUUAA